AUGAGUCAUCCUUCAACUGCACCUCCGUCUCGGCCUUCCUCGCCUGCUCCACUGUAUCGUCGUUCACCAGUGAGGAUAGGUUGUGUCCAAUUCGAUGUCAAACUAGGGAGGGUAUCCGAGAAUGCAGCCAAAGUAGAGCGAAUGACUCGGGAUCUGCAGCCUGGAUCGCUCGAUCUCCUAGUCCUUCCCGAAAUGUGUCUAUCAGGAUACGUAUUCAACACGCCCACAUCGAUCUUACCAUACCUCGAACCACAGCGCAUCGGUCCCACUUCACUACUCACUCGUUCCCUAGCGCAGAGAUUGAGAUGCCAUGUUAUAGCUGGAUAUCCCGAGGCACUUCCUUCUGCUCCACAACCUUCCAGCUCGCUUGAGGGCCUUUCAUCCCGAUCAGAAAGUAAUGCGGGACCGUCAGAGAUGAAACAGCUCGAAGGGGAAGGGACCGGUGUAGGUUGGAACUCAGCUGUGGUGGUCGCUCCAUCAGGAGAAGUCGUUGGUAAUUAUAGGAAGACUUUUAGGUUUGAGACUGAUAAGAGCUGGGCGAGAGAGGGUGACGGUUUUAUGCAUUUUGAUCUGCCUGAACCUCUCGGUCGCGUCGCUGUAGGGAUAUGCAUGGAUAUGAACCCCAAGGAUUUCGUUGCACCUUGGGAUGCCUUCGAACUCGCAAAUUACUGUCGAGAUAACGCCGUAGAUAUGCUUGUCGUACCCAUGAACUGGCUCAGUCCGCCCGCUGAACCACCAGAAGUCACUCCCGAAGAAAAUCCCGAAUCUCCAUCUGAAUCGAAUUUGAACUAUUGGGCCGCACGUCUACAACCUCUACACGAUCCUGUACCUGGAUAUACGACACCUAGAAAUGAGGUUGCAGAUCCUGUAGGAGGGAAAGAGGUGGUAUUCGUAGCGUGUAAUCGUGUAGGUACCGAAGAAGGUACGAAAUUCAUUGGUACAAGUAGUGUGAUGACUAUAUCAUCGAGUCCCUCGAGGAUCGAAUUGGUAGAAUGUUGUAAUAUAUCGGAAGAGAGGGUAUUGCUAGCUACAGUGACAUGA